CGGGGUGGUGAAACCAAAAGAAAAAUUGGAGCAAUUAAUAACUAUAACUGGAGUCAUGACACUCAAAUUGCAUCAAAGGGAGAAUUCCCAUUGUGAUUCCAGUUCAGUACUUGCACUGCCCACUAGGAGUCAACAUAAAGACGUGGAUAUAAUUUAUUGAGUUUGAUAUCAUAUGAUAUUUUUAAUGCAGGGAAGUGGUACACAUUGAAAAUAAUAAAAUAUUUUAGAAAAACUGGAAAAUGUAUACAAUGUGUACCUUGGUUAAAAAGGUGCCAUUGAUGACCUAGUUGUAGCUGACUAGUUCACCAACUGAUCCUGGAUUCCUGUGACUGGUUCAAGAGAAAAAAUCAGCUUGAACUGUAAUUAUGUACUGUAAUGUUUGUUGCUAUAAAUCAAAACAUACUGGCAUUAUAACUGUAAAAAAAACCUACCAGUUAGAACAAUAACCUUGUCUUUUAUAUUAGAGAGAGAGGCAGACUAUGCUGGAGUGAAUAUGAAAUGACGAGACAGACGUUUCGAUUUCUGACUCUCUCUUUUCUCUGGUGGACUGAAUAAAUCAACACUAAAAUGUGUUCCCUGAUAUCAGGAUACAUUCAGCAGUCUGUCAAUAAACACAAAUGAAUGCGUUUUCUAUGUCAGCAUGUUUGCACUGAUUAUAGGUGUCCAUUCUGUUGCACUACUGUUUUGUUUUUAAUGUCAUACAUAGGCCAGUAGGCCAACUGUAGCAACAUUACUUUUGCGCAAAGGUCUUUUUCGUAUGGUGAGACAUACAACUUGGGAGCAUCUGUUCUACAUCUGUUGCAGUUGCUGGGGAUAAGAACGCCUGGGAUUCUGGUCUCUUACAGUAAAACUGCACAAAGGAUUUAUACUGUGUAUAAAUAUAUUCAAGUACAACUCUAGUAAGACCACUGAGGGAAUGAAUGACAUUGACUUAAUAGACAUACUAUAGGGCCAUGUUAGCAAUGUGUUUACUGUUGUUUUUAAUUAACAUCUAUUACAAUCAAUGAACAGUUUCUGUUGUUCAGUACAGUUUUACAGUGAAACGGAGUUUCAAAAUGAAAGAUGUGUAAGCUAACACUGACCUGCUUAAAACCAGUUGUGGUUAUUUUGAGCGAUCACAAUACACAUGCUGCUUGUAAGUGAUCAUUCUGUGGACCUGCCACUUGUCCCGCUGGUUCAUUUCCCUUUCAUGACCCUGACAAAAAACAACACUCAGCUGUGUAUCCUGGGGCUAAUGAAACCACUAUGACAGGCUGGUUUUGCAUUGCACACUGCUUGCUGCUCCCUGCUGGGUUUGCAUUGCUUGACCCCCAGCUGUUCACACAGGUAAAGCUGCAUCCAAAAACCAAUGUUGGUUUUCAAAUCGGAAGCUUAGCAAAUCUCAUAGUAUCCUUCUGUCAGUCAUUUACAUACAUGAAAAUAUAAAUCCUGGACAUGCAAAUCCAUAUUCAGAGUGAUAAGCUUGCCUUUUAUUUCCACCUUUAUUUUUUUCUCCUUUUUGUUUACUUUAAAUAACAUCUGCACAGUUCUUUGUUCUUUUCUCAUAUCAUUCUAUGGCUGACAACUAAUAUUAUUGCAGGGGACCCGUGUGGUGCAAAGCUGAAAUGGAGAAUUAUCAGAGAGGAUGUGUUUGCUUAUUUGAUCAAGCACUGCUGUGCCUAUCAGCUUCAGGGUACAGAGAGAUUGUCUUCUAUGAAGAAGUGAUGCAAGUGUUCUAUAAAGCUAAUGUCUUGGUCACACGUCAACAAAGCAGCUAUUCAGACUGAAAGUGGUGACGCAUUUAUGCAACAUAUCAGCUAUUUUCAAUUUAUUCCAUGACCAUGCCACGUCAGUAAUGGACUGUUUUCCAAGCUGUAUAAAACACAGCAGAUCAUUAAUAUUGUAUAUGUGAUUGUAUAUUAGAUUACCCUUUUGGUGUAUGUACAUGUAUGUUUUUAAUUGACUCACAAAUACCGUUAUGCUAUUCAUACACAUUUCCCAUUUAUUCAUUUAUUCAGGUACAGAGAGUCCAUUCUAUGCCCCCAGAAUGUAUUUAUUUAGGCUACUGCCACUUUAAGGGUGUAAAACACUGCCCUUUUUGAAUCAACCAAGUACAACAUCCUGCUUUUAAAGUAACCUAAAUUAAACCCAGACUUCAGCAUUCCUACAGAUGAAAUCACAGCCUGGUUUUUAAGACUGCUACAUUUGAGCAUUUGAGAUUCUAAAUGUUUAAAGAAACUCUUAAAAGAUCUCAUUCUUACUUAGGCAACCAACCAACCAACCCUUGAGUCUAUAACAACUUUGAGGAGAUCUUGGAAAAAUUUGAUUAAACAGGAAAAGAAAGAAAAACAUUUGAAUGACUGCCUGGGGCCUGGGAAUGACUUAUUUUUUGUAUUAUUGUCAAUGCCUUCUUUAUGUGAAAGUUUUGUGAAGGUUUGAAGACGUACUACAGAGCUUUCAAAAAGACAUAUUUUUUGGGUAGCCUUAGAAGCAGUGUUUAUUUUCAUUGUUCAAGGGCAGGAGGAUACAAUUCCAUAGGCCGUGAGGUUUGGAGGCAAAAGCAAGGCAGAAAUGGCCUCCCUAAUUGCAGAGAACUUUAAAUUCGUUUCCUUAUUCUUCAAGAGCAAAGACGUGAUGAUCUUUAACGGUCUCAUCGCACUGGGGACUGUGGCGAGUCAGGAGGUCUACAGUGUCUUUGCCUUCAGCUGCCCCUGCUCCCCAGAACGCAACUACCUGUAUGGCCUGACAGCGAUCGGAGUGCCAGCCCUGGCUGUGUUCCUCAUUGGAGUCAUGCUGAACAGGAACACCUGGAAGCUGGUCUUUGAGUGUCGUACCAGGGGCUGCAGGAGCCUCUCCUCCACGGCUGGCUUUGCACUGCUGGGGUCCAUUGUGGGGCGGGCGAUGGUGGCGCCUUUUACCUGGACGGUCAUCUCUCUGCUGCGUGGAGAGCCCUAUGUCUGUGCUCUGAGUGAGUUUGUUGAUUCCACCUCCCUGGACAGUUUCCCUGGAGGCCAUGGAGCAGGCACCUUGGCCAGGUUCCCCUGUAAAGAUGUCCCAGCUGAGGUGGAGAGCUUCAAGGAAGAGAUUGUGCGGCGACUGAAAUACGAGUCUCAGCUCCUGGGCUGGCUGCUGGUGGGGCUCGCUGCCAUCACCAUCUUCCUCCUCAUGUGCUUGAAGCGCUGCUGUUCCCCUCUGGGAAACCACCAGGAGGCGUACUGGUCCCAGUACCGCUCCAGCGAGAACGAUCUGUUCCAGCGCACCGCCGAGGUCCACGCCAAGCUCCUGGCUGCCACCAACGUCAAGCAGUUCUUCGGCUUUGUGGCCCUGGAUAAAGAGGAGAGGGAGCAGGUGAAGGAGUUUGCUGUGGAGGACGCCACUCCCAGCUUGCAGUGGAACAAGAUCACAGGGGUCUACCUGUACCGUGAGAACAAGGGCGUCCCACUCUACAGCCGCCUGCACAAGUGGGCCAAAGACAUGAUUGAUGCCAACUUGGACACCAAUGGAAAAUAAUCUGACCUUUGUACCAUGUGAUGUUCUACAGCAAGUUCCAAACAAUGCACCAAGACUGAUAUCUUUGCACUGUCUCACAAUCUCAAUCAUAGUUCCUUGGUGUCUGUUUACCACAUUCCUCAUCGGCGGGUUUCAGAAAGCUGAAAUCUGUCAGUCCAUGAAACCUGUUUUCUAGCAGUAGUUGAAACGCCGCUCUAGCGUCCAGGUUUUAUUAUUUACAAGGGCUUGCAGUGGUUGGUGGCCGCCACUAGGGUACCAGCAAUGGCAUCAUUAGUGCAGGAGAACAUACACAAUACAGUGUACAUCAUUAUAAAAAUGCCAAACAAAACACAGUGAGAAAAAACAGCUAUCAAACAAAAGGUGGCCAAGCCGUGCGCUGCUCCCACUAAAAAGGAAGUCCCGCUUCAGGAACCUUCUACCUACACAAAUAAACUGGGUGGGAUUAAAAUCCCCUAAAUCAAUCCCUACCCUAGUUGUACCAACUGUCCUGGUUACACACGCAGUGAUAAUAGUAGUUGGUCCAUCCGGUUCACUCUCCCUGGCUAUGCACGCAGGUCAAAAAAACUGUAUGUGACACUACUUUUUAUAACAAUAAAAUGUAUCUUCAUACAACCUAUUUCCCUUACAUUUCUUUGCUUUGAACAGGAACCAGUGUGUGCAUUUUUAUAUCAGAAAUGCUUAAAAAGCUUUGAAGCAGGUUUAUGCUUGUAUCAUGUAUUAAGUGUACUACACAGCGCUGGAAUUCAAGCCUUGAGAUUCCAGUGCUGUUCGAGAGCUCCCUCACUGAUGGACUCCUAGCUGUGAUACUGCAUCUUGUCAAUCUGAAGGUCAGUCCAGUGAUGGAAUAAACACGGGUGAUGGGAGUUCUUUUGGGAUCUGGGUAUGAAAUCAAAUUAAUUAAUGCUUUGUUUUUUAAGUUUAUUGUUUUGCAGAACCGAUGUACAGCAGGCAGAUGAAUGAACAAUGCUUUAUACAAAUAGUGUUUCUAAUGCUGCAAACAGCUUCUGCAUUCCAGUUACCAAGUUCACUCUGUUCCUUCCUAUCCCACCUCGACCCGUUUCAUUUUGAAUUUUGAAUUUUUUUUUAAUCAUACUCAUUAGGUUUUUUUUUUUUUAUUGCCUUAGAGAUCCUAGAAAACUACCGUGUAUGAUUAAUAAUGGAAAUCACAAUGCUCAGUAACGAGUACAGACAGAGAGCAAAUGUAAUUUAAUAUCAUGUGAUCUUAAUAAGCAACCAUCACUGGAAAAAAACAAGUCUAUUCAGCACCUACUUAGAAGACAACUCAUUCUCAGGGUAUAAUAUAGGCUGUACAGACCUGUGGAGUGAUGUCUCCACUCACCAGACUUGACGCCCUGGAAUUAGUUCUCAUGGGGGUUGUCUGAAAUCAUUAGUGUACACUGAAAAACCCAGGAGCUUUGCCAAAUUAUUGAAAAUCACUCGGACAGAAUAUGCAUCGCACCCGACAUUCUGCACAGUAUGCUAGCUAACAGGAACCAAAGAAUUCUCACAUGCGAGACCAAUGGCAGAACUCAAUUUGUUCUGUCAUGUUCUAUUUUUUACAUGGUGUGCUCGUUAGCGGUAUAUAUAGAGACGAACAGCCCUUAUUUCACUUACUCGAUAUAUAUUUUAAACUAUCACCUGUUAUGCAUGUUGUUCAUAUUAUUAGGAUCCAAUACCUUCCAUUAACAAAUGCUGUGCCAAUAUUGCCUGAGUACCACUAUGUCCGCCAAGGCUGGACUUGCAUGUUGUAAUUACACUGUAUUUAUAUGUAUGGUUGUGUAUUGGCUAAGAAUAAUUAGCAAUUACAGUGUAAUUAGAGAGACCUAAUAUAAAGAGCCGCCUCAUCUUAAAAACCUAAUAGACUCCAAUCCCACCAUAUCAACAUGUCUCCUGUGAGUGUCCUUUCAUCUCUGUCUUUGUCAUUUGCAUUUCCCACGUGUCACUGCCUCCCUUCUGCUUCGGACCACGCGGCUAAGAUGUGAUGACAUCAUCAGGAUUGUGUGUUACUCUGUGUGGGUGGUGGAUUA